CGCGUCCUCAAGGGAGAUGUCAAGAGUGCCUUUCGCCACUUAAGAACACGCGCAAACCAGGUCUUCAGAAUGGCGGCAUAUGUGAAAGAACUCGGCAUUCUCGUCGUCGAUAUGGCGGCACCAUUUGGCUGGUCAGGUUCGCCCCCCUGCUACGCACUCUUUGGCCGUGCCAUCACGUGGCUAAUGGGCAGAAGACCCCGUUCGAUCAAUGAGGCAAAUUUUUCGGAAUGGAGUGUGGAAAUUGUUGUUCUGGGUCUACUAUGGAACACCGAGCGCCGCACCGUAUCGAUACCAGAAGAGAAGAUCGCUAAAGCUCGUGCUCGCGCCAGUGCGGUGGAGCAACGCGGCACAGCGUCAAAAUCCGAACUGUACAAGCUACUGGGUUCUCUUCGCCACGUGGCUAAUUGUCUGCCAACAGCCAAGCCUUUUUACCAACGAUUGCAGACACUGUGUACAUCAGCACCACGGUUCGGCAGAAUUAAACUUACAGCAGGGGCCAAAACAGAUCUCGUGUGGUUUCGGCACAUUUUAAUGCAUGGUUGUUUUGCUGAAUUACCGCUUGCGAUGUUUGGCGAGCUGCCGGCACCGCACGUGGAGCUGUAUAUGGACGCGUCCAACCUCGGGCUAGCCGUGCUUGAUCCCGCCUGCGAGUCAUAUAUACAGAUCCAGUUUGAUGACGAAGAGAAAUUGCUCAUCGACAAAGUUGGUAGCGGCCAUGACGAGUUUUCAAUCAACGUCAGGGAACACUUGUGCAUUGCCAUCGCGUUGUGGUCGUGGGGUUCAAAGUGGAGCGCACAAGCGAACGGACGCACAACUCAUGUCAAGUGUUGGAGUGACAAUGCCGCAGCUGUGAGUUGGUGCAAUCGGAUGCACUCCAACAACGCGUUCAGCCAAGAAAUAAAUCGGGCGAUUGGUCUGGCUGAAGUGUAUUUCAACCUUCGAGUAUCGGCGGAUCAUAUUCCAGGAUCGGCCAAUUGGAUGGCUGAUGCAGCUUCGCGAGCUUGGACCGAACCUUACAUUGCUCGAUGGACUAAUUUUUCUUCGUGUUGGGUGCAGACACAAGUUCCA